AUGGAAAAAAAUAUGUUAAAAAGUGGUGACUUUAAUUAUCUUGCUGAUAAAGUUACAGUUGGUUUAAUUUGUGAUUUAGAUGCUGAUUUACUUUUUUUAGAUUUAGAAGUUGAACUAUUACUUUUUGAUGAUUUUGAAUUGCUCUUACUUUUGGAUGAUUUACUUUUUUUAGAUUUACUUGUUUUUGAUAAACUUCCUGAUAAUGAACAUUCUUCUGAUCUCAUGCGACGUUUUCUUUUAAUUCUUAUAAAGAGAAAUACAGCAACAGCGGCAGCAAUCAGAACUACAAAGGCAACUACAGCAACAACUAUAAAUGUAGUUCUAUCUGUAUAUAUAACAGUUUCCGCCGCUUUACCUUUCAUUAAUUCUUUUUCAUUGUCAAAAUUGAAAGAUGUUGUUAAUCUGGUACCAUAUACAGUAUCAUAA